AUGUCUUUUCUCAGGACUGUUUUAAAUAACUCUCUCAUCAUUCAUCCUCCAGGCUUCUAUAUCAUCGGAUUUGAGACAUUUCCCUUCAUCAGUGUCUAUUUCAUCUUCCUAUCGUUUGUUUAUGUGAUUACAGUGUUGUUCAAUAGUGUGGUGAUCUAUAUAAUUGCUUUUAAUCACUGCUUGCAUACUCCUAAAUUUCUGGCUGUGGUCAACCUUGCAGUAAUUGAUUUAAUCCUGAAUACAUGUACCAUUCCUAGCAUGAUUAAGAUAUUCCUCGUUAAAGACAAUUUCAUUCCAUUCAACUUGUGUCUGGUACAAAUGUUCAUCUACUAUUCUUUUGCAUCUCUGGAGUCCUUUGCGCUUGCUAUACUUGCCUACGACAGGUUGAUUGCAAUAUGUUUUCCUCUGCGUCAGAACUCAGUCAACACUUUGCAGAGCAUGUCUUGUAUUAUCAGCCUGACUUGGUCUUUUGCUCUGGGAGUAAUAGCAUUUACAUCAGGUAUCAUGACUCAACUCUCAUUUUGCAAUUCUGUCAGAGUGUUCAGCUACUUCUGUGACUAUGCACCUGUGUUCAGACUUGCCUGUAACGAUUACACAAUGCAGUGGUUUGCAGCUUCUUUUCUCACUGUUAUGAUCCUUAUAGGACCCUUUACUUUUAUUCUUCUGUCUUAUGUGACUAUCCUGGUGACCGUGUUCAGAAUGAAAUCUAUAGACAGUCGGGUGAAAGCUUUGGCCACUUGCGUUGAGCAUAUCAUCCUUGUUGCUGUGUUUUACAUUCCUCUCAUUACCAUUUUUACGAUUGGGUUUUAUCUGCGUCUGAUUGACCCGGACCAGCGUGUCCUGAGCCUGUCGCUGGCCUCCUGCCUCCCACCCUGCAUCAAUCCGAUUGUCUAUUCUUUGAAAACCAAAGAGAUCAAAAUCAGAGCCCUGGCUCUGACGAGAAAAAUAAAAAUUGGCACAGACCAACAUAAAAGCAAACCUUUGAGGGAUAAUACAUCAUUCAAGCUCUAA